GGUUUCCAUGGUGAGGUAAACAAACCUCAACUGCCUCAGCUGUCACACCCUCCUCUCGCUGCUGUGAGGGACAGCGGCGGAGGCAGGUGUGAGGGCAGCAGCCUGUAGACUCCGAUUCUGAGCCUCAAAAGACGCUGUGUUCGAGCUUGUGUGACAUCUGUCCCGCCGAAAGAGUGUCCAUGAUGCUAGGCCCCCCCGGCGGUCACGGUUUCAUCGUCAAGCUUCGUGGCCUGCCCUGGUCCUGCUUUGUGGAGGACGUGCAGAACUUCCUGUCAGACUGCAGGAUCCGUCAUGGGGCCGCAGGUGUUCAUUUCGUCUACACUAGAGAGGGCAGGCAGAGCGGUGAGGCCUUUGUGGAAUUUGAGUCGGAAGAGGAUGUCAAAAUGGCCCUGAAGAAAGACCGGGAGAGCAUGGGACACCGGUACAUCGAGGUGUUCAAGUCCCACAGAACGGAGAUGCACUGGGUGUUGCAGCACAGCGGUCCCGACGGCGCCAACGAUGGCGUCGUCCGCCUUCGAGGACUCCCGUUUGGGUGCACGAAGGAAGACAUCAUCCAGUUCUUCUCAGGGCUGGAAAUCGUGUCAGAUGGGGUCAUAUUGCCUGUGGACCCCAAGGGCAAGAUUACAGGCGAAGCUUUCGUACAGUUUGCCUCACAGGAGUUAGCUAAGAAAGCGCUGAGGAAGCACAGGGAGAGGAUAGGGCACAGGUAUAUCGAAGUGUUCAAGAGCAGUCAGGAGGAAGCCAGGUCUUACUCAGAUCCCCCUCUCAAGUGUCUGUUAGUGCAGAGGCCGGGGCCCUAUAACCGCCCUGACCCAGGUAGGAGAUCAGCUAGCGUCUUGAAGCAAGCUAGUCUGGAGAGGAUGCGGCCUGGCGCCUACAAUGCAGGCUGUGGUGGCCAAGAGGAGCACGGCGUCUUCAGCAAUAGCUACGGCUUCUCCACCCACCUGUUUGGGAGAGACACCGACCUGUUUGGGAGAGACCUCAGCUGCUGUCUGUCAGGCAGAUACCACCACAGAUACGGAGACAGCGAGUUCGCAGUGCAGAACACCACCGGGCACUGCGUCCACAUGAGAGGGCUGCCAUACAGAGCAACCGAGAAUGACAUUUACAACUUCUUCUAUCCAGUCAAGCCUGUGAGAGUGCAUAUUGAGAUUGGCCCAGAUGGAAGAGCGACCGGAGAAGCAGACGUGGAGUUUGCCACCCACGAAGAGGCUGUGGCGGCUAUGUCCAAAGACAGGGCCAUCAUGCCGCGUAGAUACGUAGAAUUCUCCUUGAAUUCGACAACCGGAGCCAGCAAUAGAGCGUAUAGCAGUCUGCUGAUGCCAGGCAUGGGGGUAUCGGCAGCCCGGGCCACUUACAGUGGUCUGGAGAGUCAGCCACUGAGCGGCUGCUACGGGGCUGGCUACAGCGGUCUGAACAACAUGGGCAGAUACCACUAGUUUUGUAGGAAUGUUCAAGUUUUUUCAAUCAGAUUUUCACAGGCAGCCAACAAGCAGUGAACAACAGUUACAAAUCUAGAGGAAGCUGUGGGACCCAUUUUGCACCAUGAGUUUGUCUAAUCUCCAAUAAAAAAUUCACCUCUUCAGUAUUUUGUCUUGUAAAGUUUUCUUCUAGCAUGCGAUAUUGAGUAAACUAAAACUAUUUUCAGCUCUUCUCAAUCAACAUUUUGGUAGUUAGUAUACUUCAGAGUGAUGUUAUCUGAGUUUAAGUAGUUUAAGUAU